UGAACACUCCUUUCCAAAGCAAGAAUGACUUUAGUAAGGAUCCGGAGGAGUUUCCGGCAGGUAUCUCCUCAAGUGGUGCUCUUCUUGCUGUUUGCCUUCUGCCUGCUCAGUGUUUUUGUCUCAGCAUAUUAUUUAUAUGGGUGGAAGAGGGGACUGGAACCCUCUGGGGAUAUCCCCAGCCCAGACUGCGAUGAACCGAAGAUUGCUCCCUCACGCCUGCUACCAUUAAAACCCAUCAAAGUGAUAGAUUCUUCUCGCACUGACCCCUUGGUUCUUGUGUUUGUGGAAAGCCUUUACUCCCAGCUGGGACAAGAGAUUGUGGCCAUCUUGGAAUCCAGUCGUUUCAAAUAUCUGACAGAGAUUGCGCCGGGGAAGGGAGACAUGCCUACGUUGACUGACAAGGACCGAGGGCGCUUUGCACUUAUCAUCUAUGAGAACAUCCUGAAGUAUGUGAACCUGGAUGCCUGGAAUCGUGAGCUCUUGGACAAGUACUGCGUAGAGUAUGGUGUAGGAAUCAUUGGCUUUUUCAAGGCCAAUGAGAACAGCUUACUGAGUGCUCAGCUGAAAGGCUUUCCCCUUUUUCUCCACUCCAACCUUGCACUGAAGGACUGCAGCAUCAAUCCCAAAUCACCGCUUCUGUACAUCACGCGGCCCAGCGAGGUAGAGAAGGGACUUCUUCCAGGGGAGGACUGGACAGUCUUCCAAUCAAACCAUUCCACAUAUGAACCAGUCCUCCUUGCUAAAACCAAGUCAGCAGAAUCCAUCCCACACAUGAGCAUUGAUGCUGCACUCCAUACCACUGUUGUACAGGACUUGGGACUCCAUGAUGGCAUCCAGAGAGUCCUUUUUGGCAACAACCUCAACUUUUGGCUGCACAAGCUGGUCUUUGUGGACGCUGUUUCAUUCCUGACUGGCAAGAGGCUUUCACUUCCCCUUGACCGUUACAUCUUGGUAGACAUUGAUGAUAUCUUUGUUGGCAAGGAAGGCACACGAAUGAAGGUGGAGGAUGUCAAGGCUUUGUUUGAUACUCAGAAUGAACUACGUACCCACAUCCCAAAUUUCACCUUCAAUCUGGGCUACUCAGGGAAAUUUUUCCACACAGGUACAGAUGCGGAGGACGAGGGAGAUGACCUUCUGCUCUCAUAUGUGAAGGAGUUUUGGUGGUUCCCCCAUAUGUGGAGUCACAUGCAGCCUCACCUCUUUCAUAAUCAAUCUGUGCUGGCAGACCAAAUGGCCAUGAACAAGAAAUUUGCUGUUGAACACGGCAUCCCUACAGAUAUGGGAUAUGCAGUGGCACCCCAUCAUUCAGGGGUGUACCCAGUCCAUGUGCAACUCUAUGAGGCAUGGAAACAGGUGUGGGGGAUCAAAGUAACAAGCACCGAAGAAUAUCCUCAUCUCAAACCUGCCCGCUACCGACGAGGGUUUAUUCACAGUGGAAUCAUGGUUCUCCCACGGCAAACUUGUGGGUUAUUCACACAUACCAUAUUCUAUAAUGAAUACCCAGGUGGCUCCAGUGAAUUGGAUAAAAUCAUCAAUGGAGGCGAGCUUUUUCUGACUGUUCUCCUUAAUCCUAUCAGUAUCUUUAUGACCCAUCUCUCCAAUUAUGGAAAUGACCGUCUGGGUUUGUACACCUUUAGACAUUUGGUCCGUUUCCUAAACUCCUGGACUAACUUGAAGUUACAGACAUUGCCACCUGUACAGCUGGCACAGAAGUAUUUCCAGAUAUUCUCCGAAGAAAAAGACCCCCUUUGGCAGGAUCCAUGUGAGGACAAACGCCACAAAGAUAUUUGGUCCAAAGAGAAGACCUGUGACCGGUUCCCCAAGCUGCUAAUUAUUGGUCCUCAGAAGACAGGUACCACUGCCCUCUAUCUCUUCCUGGGGAUGCACCCUGACCUGAGCAGUAACUAUCCCAGCUCGGAGACCUUUGAAGAGAUCCAGUUCUUCAAUGGACAUAAUUACCACAAGGGCAUUGACUGGUAUAUGGAGUUUUUCCCCAUUCCUUCCAACACUACUUCUGAUUUCUAUUUUGAGAAGAGUGCCAAUUACUUUGAUUCAGAAGUAACACCAAGGCGGGCUGCUGCAUUGCUUUCCAAGGCCAAAAUAAUCACCAUCCUCAUCAAUCCUGCGGACCGGGCCUACUCUUGGUAUCAGCAUCAGCGGGCACAUGAUGAUCCAGUUGCCCUGAAGUACACCUUUCACGAGGUGAUUACAGCUGGGCCUGAGACCUCUCAGAAGCUUCGGACCUUACAGAACCGUUGCCUAGUACCAGGCUGGUAUGCUACCCAUAUUGAACGCUGGUUGAAUAAUUUCCAUGCCAAUCAGAUUCUUGUUCUGGAUGGCAAGCGGCUACGCACAGAACCAGCCAAAGUAAUGGAAACAGUCCAGAAAUUUCUUGGAGUGACAAACAUCAUAGAUUACCAUAAAACUCUAGCGUUUGAUCUCAAAAAAGGAUUCUGGUGCCAACUGUUGGAGGGAGGGAAGACCAAGUGCUUGGGAAAAAGCAAAGGAAGAAAAUACCCAGAGAUGGAUUUGGAUUCAAGAGCGUUCUUGAGGGAUUAUUACAGGGACCACAACAUAGAGCUAUCCAAGCUACUGUAUAAAAUUGGCCAGACACUGCCAACUUGGCUGCGGGAAGAACUCCAGAACACUAGAUAGCCACUUCUUAUCUCUUGUAUUAAGCAAUAGUAGAAUGGAUCCAUGGGGAGGAUCUCAAACCUCUACACCAAGCCAACAGGACGUGAUAAGAUGUGAGAUAUUCAACAGGGAAGAAGCAUUUUGAGCAAUAUCCAUUCAAGAUGUUUGAGGGACAGUGGGAAACCACCAGUAUGGUUAACACUGCAGCUUGGAAGAAAGCAACCAUCUGAGACCUACUGCGGUGCUCCAGGGCCAAGCCAGGACUAUUACAUCUACUUCUGCCAGGUUGCCCAGGAGCCCAGCUUUACUGAUAGUAUUGAGGUGUACCUCCUAGACUGUAAUGCCACUUUUUGGUGAAGAAGAUUCAUAAAGAUCUGAGUUUUCUUCAUACUUUAGUUCCAAUAUCUGGAAUAGUAUUACAGCAAACUGACUCCUUCUCUUCGGAUAAAAGACACAAGAGAACCAAGGACUCAACAAGGAUCAAGAAUAAUAGUCCUGCACAUGUGUGAGUUUGGGAAAGAACAACAUGGGUAGUAUGAACAUGGAGCCAGAGGGAGGCCAUGCUCCGAGCAUGGACCUAAUUAUGCAAUUUGGGCUCAGACCCAGAUAGGACUGAGAUAGUGUACUGGAGCAGAGUUCUUAGUUAAAACAGAUGCUUUGUUUUUAUAUGGAAGACUUUGGUAUUGGCAAUAUUUAGAUUAUCCCAGAUGGAUAUUUUUUUUCUGUCUUCUUAUUUAGGAAUAUAUUGGGAAAGGGGUGGAAUGAAUAAGAGUGAGCAACUUCAUCUGACAAUGUUGGCAAGAGACUUUGCUCCAAAUAGAUACUUUAAUUUGUGUCCUUAUACCCCUGUCUCUGGUUUCAACAUACAAUUAUGUGAGAUGUGGUUUAAGACUGUUCAAUAUCUUUACUUCCUGUACACACAUCCUGCCUGUUCAAAAGAGGAUAAAAUUCCAGCAUCAUGUGUAGGCUUUGGUCUAAUGGUUACCCCAAGUACAGCUUAAGAGAACUGAACCUCUUGAGUACUGAACAAGCAGUAUUUAAUAUCUUUCUUUUUGAGCAUUUUGGAGUGGGGGUAGGGAUAAAUAUGAGAGUUGGUAUUCCUAAGUAUUAGGUUCUUAUUUUCCCACCCUUUUGCUAUUAUAGACAGUAGAGAAAAAUGGCCCAUGGAUUUGGUUGAUUUGUCAUCAUAACGUGUAUCUCUUUUAGAACCAUUUUAGGGUAAGUCUGUGGCUGUCCAUUUUCAAUGAUUUCCUCCUGUCUAAUGUGUCCUAUUGAGCUGUGACUGAGAAUUUAUGAUAACCCGCCCGUUGUAGUUUACUAAGUUCACUUGUGUGUAUAUGUGUAUGUAUGGAAUUUAUAAAUAUGCUGCUAAUGGUAUUGUGUACACACACACAUACACACACUUGCCCAUUGCCGUCUGUGUUUGGAGCCACAUUAACAAGGUAAACAGAACCACAGUUUUUUCCCAUUUGGCUUAUUCAAUCCUGUACUGCUGUGUGCUGGACGUGUCAUAGGAAAGGCAUGUAAAACUUGCAGUCCAGAGGGGGCUGGGAAGACAAGGUCGUGUCAAGAGUCAGAGGCUUUUGAAAAACAUCUCAGUGGAAAAAUUAAAGGCACUUGAGUAUGGACUGGUCUGACUACCGUUUGAUCCAAAGUUGGAUAGUUUUUAUAAUUUAAAAAAAGCCUUGUUAGUAAUUCUAAUGGAAAGCAUUUUUUAUAGAUUUGAUUGUCAGGAAUCCAAAAGCUUUCAGAGCUUUUAAAAAAUUGUGGUUGGAAUAACUAGUGCUUUUUUCACCAGAAUAUCUUCCUGUUUUGCUUAAGGAUUUCUGGAAAGAAUCUAACUGUUGGAAGCAAUAUGCUAGACCAGUUAUCUUGUUCUGGUUUUCAUCGAAGCAAUCAUACCAGCACCAGUUCCAUGAAUGAACACAAGGAGAAAAGGCAGAAGCAAGAAAGGUUUCUUCUUAACUUGGAUCUUGUCUUCCCAUAAUUGCUGCCAAAGGACAAAGGCCUAUCCUGGGUCAGAGUCACUCUGUUGAGGACAAAAGUCAUUCUCACACCAGUAUUAGCAAUUCUUCAAUUACUGUCUGUGAAUUCAGUUCCAAUUCUGAAGUCCAUCAUAGUCGAGCUAGAGCUCCAGCACAUUGGUUCCACUGACCCUGUGUAUGAGCGCCAUCUAGUGGGUCAUGAAGUUCCAUAGAAUCAUAGAGUAAAAUAAUAAAGUUGGAGAUAGCUACAGUGGAGCAAAAAAGUAUUUAGUU